AUGCCUCUCUCCGAUUACCUGUCGAGUCCAGUCUCCUUUGCCGGUCGACAGGUUCUCGGCACCCUGGUCGAACGAGAUCAGUACAGCUUCACCGGCAAUGUAAUCGAAACGCUGAAAAAGAAGCCAUCUCGCCAUUCGGGCCACCCAGACUUCGCUCAUCUCGCCCUCCUCGUCUUUGAAGCGGUGCUCGAGGUGGUCUGUGUGAGUCUGCCGGGAUACAUCGUGGCAAGGCAAGGCAUGUUUGAUGCAGAAUCACAAAGAUUCCUAGCGAACCUCAACAUCAUCCUGUUCACACCCUGCCUGAUCUUCACCAAACUGGCAUCCCAGUUGACUGCAGAGAAGCUAGCGGAUCUAGCCAUCAUACCCGUCAUCUUCGUGGCCCAGACUCUGGUAUCGUACCUUUGUGCCUGGGUGAUUGCAAAAUUCCUCGGUUUCAAGAAGCGGCAGAAGAACUUCCUUAUCGCAAUGGGGGUAUUUGGAAACUCCAACUCUCUACCAAUAUCCCUAGUCAUAUCUUUGUCUAAGACGCUGAAAGGACUGCACUGGGACAAAGUGCCACAUGACAACGAUGACGAGGUUGCUGCUCGGGGUAUCCUCUAUCUCCUCGUGUUUCAGCAACUUGGCCAGCUCCUACGUUGGAGCUGGGGCUACAAUGUCCUCCUUGCCCCACCCGACACGUACACCGAAGAAGAAGGCGGCACGAAACAAGUAGACCGACUAGAGAGGGGGAGGGGCCAGUAUCAAGACGAACCGGCUUCAAGCGACGAACAACGCCGGCUUUUGAGCCCCAACUACGACGACAUCGCAGACAGCACCGAGGAGUUUGAGGAAGACGAUGAUCGAACUCGAAUCGGUGCAGAAUCCCCAACGGCGUGUAAGUCCGAUGGCUUCAAAACGCCUCGAACACCGUACAACCCCUCCGCUGAAUCCUCGAGGAACUCCUCUCGGCGAAACCUAAACGGUGCGGCCAACGUGCCGGAUCUGAUGCCUACGCCUACAAAUGGGAUGGCGAGUCUCCAACCUCAUCACGACCACCUCGCACGGCUAAAAGAUCCAGAAAAUCUGAGAUACGAUGAGAACCUUGGUGGCAUCAAGGGAUAUAUCAACAAAGGGAGAAACUCCGUUCGGUAUCACAGCUUGGUUCUGGGCCAUAAGGUCCAGACCAAGUCGCUUAGAGCCUUCGAAUCCCUACCCAAACCUCUGCAGAAAGGCCUGUCCGCAACUUCUUACAAACUCAGACGCUUCAUUGCUGGGGUGUGGGAGUUCAUGAAUCCACCACUCUGGGCCAUGUUGAUUGCAAUCGUUGUUGCUUCGGUGCCUCGACUACAGCACGUUUUCUUCAGCGAGGGGACCUUCGUGCGAAAUUCAGUAACCCGAGCAGUUGAGCAAAGCGGUGCCGUUGCAGUGCCCCUCAUCUUAGUUGUCCUCGGAGGCAACCUGGCGAAGAAUACUAUUCCUCGCGAUGAAAGCGGCACCGUCACUGAUCCUCAGGAAGAGAGGAAGCUGCUGUGGGCCUCGCUUGUCACCCGCAUGGUGUUUCCUACCAUCAUCAUGGCUCCUUUCGUGGCACUGCUGGCCAAAUAUGCUCCUGUGAGUAUUGUAGAUGACAAGAUCUUUGUCAUUGUCGUCUACCUGCUCAGCGGCGCGCCCGUUGCUCUCCAAAUAGGACAAAUCACGACGACCAACAACGUCUAUCCUGACCUGAUGAGCAGGAUUCUAUUCAACAGCUAUGUGAUUUGGAUUCUGCCGUCCACAUUGAUCCUGGUUCUCCUAGCUUUGGAGACGGUUGAGUGGGCAACUUACUAA